AUGCAAGUGAAUAAGAAGCACGCCGAUGGGCAAAGCGACUCCUCCAGUAUUGGGAGCUUCCUGGAUGACACAGACAGAGAAGUCUGCAGCCUCACCGACCGAGCCUUCAAAAGUCUGUGUGUGGCUGAGCUCGAAUCAUCUUACACAGAAGCCGAUCCAGUUGUUUCACCCAACAUCUCCCACCAGUUCUCGAGCAAAUUUCCCCAAGGCCCGCGGAACCAUGCCAUCAAGAAAAAUACUCUCCCUAACAAGGGACUGUCAAAAACUGAGGAGCAUUCAACAUUCCAGCAGUUUCCAAAUGACACCCAAGAAGGUCAAAACACUGCUAUAAACAUCACCCCAAGCAUUAGGAUGAAGCUGGGUUUGCCAGUGCCUAGUCUGCGCAAUUAUAAACAUACCUCAAAAGUUUCCUCCUUGAUAAAGACCUUUGAUAAAGCUGAGAACCAGGAGGCUUCAGCGACAGCCAAACAACCGGUUAGAAACAGUUUGACAAAACUCCCCUUAAUUUGCGGAGGCGACAUGGCUUUCUGGGGUGGCAAAACCAUUUUAAACAUCCAGAAGGAACUCUCUGAGUUUUCUGAGCCGUUCCAGGACGUGGCAAAUGCAAGCGGGAGGCCCAAACUGCACGAACUUCACAGAAGGCAGAACAAAAUGGAUUUGGCGUGUCACGGUCCACGUGGUUUUUAUCGUCAGGCCGAUGCUUCAAAUAUUCGAAUGUCCAGUGUCUCCGCCGUCUCGAGAAAGGCGGCAAAAAACCGAACUGGGAAAGCCAAAGAGCCAGCUAGAAAGGGCAGCUUUCUACACAGCGAGAACAGUGCUUUUGAAUCGUGGAAUCUGCAUCAUAAAAAACUUGAGACAGGCGGGCCUACUGAAAUUAUCCUCAAAGAAGGAAACCUGACAUACUUUGAAGAAACACCUUUCUUUAGAGAGGCCUGUAUUCAUGAAUGUAAACCAUCUCCCCCGAAGGUCACAGCUCCCAUAAUUUCAGAACAGGAUUUCUCAGGUGCCUUUCCACAAAAACCACUCUCUCAAGCCUCUCUCUCUCCAUUACCUCUAGCCCAGGUGCCUUUUCCUCCUCAGGCUAAUGCUAAAGACAUUGUUUCACAGGUGUUGCCACCCCAAGCUUCUGAUCUGCCGCCAUCUAUGCACAGGAUUCCUACAUCACCAUCCCUUACACCUGAAACCUCUUUUCCACCAUCUCCGCAGGUUUCCGUGUCACUGAAGCCUUCCACUCCACCACAAUCUCUGCCUCAGGCCUCUGCUCCACCAGAAGCGAUAGCGCCUCAAGUUACGGUGUUGUCAGAGAAGACUAGCAAUUCAGAAUUUAAGUCUGAGCUGAAAAAUAUUUGUCCACCUUGGAGGAAACAAAAGAAAGAGCUUGGACGAAUGGAGCUGACGCAGGAGAUUGCACCAGAAGUGCUAAGAAUGAAGGACUCCUCGUACAGAAAGCCACCUGACGUCACUCCCAUGGCCGAAACAUCCGCAGAUGAGUCCCACAUGGCUCCAUCUGACCCCUCUAGUCCUUCUUUCAACAUCUCAAAACUUUUAACUCCAGUCCUACCACGUAAACAAGAGAGAGAGCCCUCAGAAGGCCAGUCAUUUCUGGAAGCUCCUCCCAUUCCUGAAACUGGAACCGCCAAAGAAACAGAGGAGAGAACACUCUAUUCUUCUCAGAACAACUAUAAGUCGAAAGCACCGAGUUUGCUGUUCAACCUGAAGGAUAUCCGAAAACGUGUGAAAAGCACUUACAGUCCCUCCCCUCUCCUAAGAACCCUUGACGACAAAAAGAUUAAGGAGCAAGACGGCAUAAAAGCAAGCGUCACAGCCGCCAAUGCGCUAGAAGGAAGCAAUAAAAAAAUGGCUGAGGCUGACAAAACAGGUCAUAAGCCUUCUGAACAAACGGACAGCACCAAUGCCAACAAUUCCGCUGGGCAUUUCAUUGACAGCUACCUGACUCCAGAGGACAGUGAGAUGUCAUCUCUGACUGACUUCCACCCAAAUGAGCACCGUGUAAGACAAUAUUCUCCACCCAACUCUCACCUUGCAGAUGUGCCAACUGACUCAGAAGCACAUGUUCAAAGUUUCCAACUGCAGGAUCUUAAAAGUAAACAAGUCGCUCCAAGUCACAGUGCUGAUGCGGAACCCCAGGUAUCCCCAUAUCUAUUUUUCACACCUGAGGAGAACAUAAAUGAUAGUGGAAACCAAGCCUGCCCACCGACUGGAAAUGAACACCGAGGCAAAAGGAGCACCAGCUCUUCUGAACAAUCUUUUGUCUCCAUUAUAGACCAGCCAUUUCACGACGACACUUUUUCUCUAAUGCAGCUCUUUCAGAAAGCAUGCCAUCAAGAAAGCCAGAGGAGUAAGAAUGAGUGGAGUGCAGAAGAAAAGCUAGGUAGCAAAGAAGAGGGGGAGGAGAAGUCAGGGGGGGAGAAGCAAUUGCAUGACUACCAUCUGAGCAUCCGUGGCUGUCACACGGAUGAGAAGCAUGAGGAGCAGGAAGAGCAGGGUAAAAAUGAGAAGGCAGCGCAGGAAAUAGACGUGAAGGAGAAGAGAGAAGACAAAUGGAAAAGCAUGGAUUCGGCAUCAGAAGCCAAGCUGGAAGAGUCACUAACACCAACUUCACCAAGUUCACUGAAGCCCAAUAUGUUCAUGAUUAAAGACAACACGUUUAAGUCGUCACCGGUGAUAAAAGCAGUCAAGUUGCCUCUGCUCAGGUCUUUGUCCUGUGAAGAAGCCAUCACUGGCAGUUACGCGGAGGCUGAAAGACAGACUUUUGGGCCCAUUCGUUCUACUCCAAACAUUCAAGAGGUGGACUUGUUUUCGUCAAGAAACAGAAGCCAGCAGGACGUGAGGGAUGCUGCAACAGGCAGAGAUGCUGAUGAGUUAAGAUCCAUCCCAGGCAGUGUGAGCUGUCAAGUGGUACGGAAAAGCCCCUUAACAACAGGAUACACACUUAGAGAAGGACCAGAAGGAGUCUAUAUGCAGGAAUUGGUGGAAGAAGAUGGAGCUAAUAUUACACCAGGGUUAUCACAGCAAGGUUUGAAAAGCGAUGGGAAACAGUUGGCCAGAGACAAAGAAAAGGCUAGGGCUGGGAAACUGAGGCGUAAUUCUUCCAGCCAACCGAUUCUUAGUUUGGAAGGUGACCCAGCACAAAACAGGCAAAAGUGCCCUGUGAGAGAAAAGGUGAACUAUUUUAAGAACAAUCUCUUAUCUAAACGCAGAGGUGGUUCUUGUGUGAAAAAGAUAAUAAGUCAAGAGAUGAGAUCUCCCACGAUAUCGGAGCCCUAUUCUCAUGCUUCCAGUGAAGUUUUCCGGCAUACAUCCGCAUCAUCGGGUACCCUAACCGUUUCCACCAUACCAAGUCCAAGGUCACACAGCGCGAUGCAAUCUACCUUCACAAGUCCUUUUUCAGAUACGUCUGCAGUCUCCAAUGUACCACAGGCUGAAAGAAUAACAAGUUCCUCUUCAUUGCAAGGAGGAACAGAGAGCGGAAAGAGGUCUUCUACCUUGGAGCCAUUUGAUCUGAUGCAGACAAGUCAACUCUCGGGAGAUCCUGGCAGCUCUCCUGUUGCAAACGAGAGACUUCAGAUGGCGAAGACAGCAGCCAAACCCCCGGCUGUACCACCCAAAUCCGAAAAGGCAUUACGGCGAGCAAAGAAACUGGCAAGCAAGAGGAAGAAAACAGAGGCACAGCAGAAAAGGCUGCAGGAUGAAGCUCCAUCCCACGGCGGCGAUAUUGGAACUUUGCAACCAAUCCAAUCCUCACUCUCGCCAAUAUGCCUUAAUUCUUCCUUGACACCAUCAGAAUCUCACCUGGUGAGGCUACAACCUGCCCCAUCAUUAAGUCCCACGCCCUCUUUACCUGCCACAACCCAGCGUAAGCUGCUUCAGGAUCCGGAUUCAGGAGAAUAUUUCAUUGUAGAUUUACCUGUUCAGUUUAAGACCUUUUAUGAUCCAGAGAGCGGAAGGUACAUCCAGCUCUCGAUCCCUCCUUCAAAAAGGAACUUGUCUCAAACGCCCUCUUCAGAGAGUGUCCCUUCUUCUUACGUCUUGUACCCCAGUACUCUCCCAACCAGAGUUUCCUCUGUUCCAGUACAGGCAUCACCAUCUCAGUUUUCUGAAUCAGCUUCCCUUAUGCAAAGAGCCCUCUUGGAAUCGGCUACAGACUGGUCACAAGGUGGCCAGUACCCAGAACCUCUCGGGAGUCAACCUUAUAUUGAGUCUGCCGUGUGUGAUGUUGACAGUCGCGAAGUGGAUGGGUCACAGUAUAACUUUGAGAAGGACGUGAGCCUCCCUGAUAAUGCUGACAUCAUUUCAAUGGGCGCGCUUGAAGAUUUUGCUGUGGAAGGUGUGUCGUGA